GACGGGGUCGACGGACGAACAGGAAGGUCCGUGGCCUAGAUCAACGGUCUACAUUGCACGCAGGAGGCGCGUUGGUUUACCAUCUCCUCAAGUGGGAGAGUGGACGUCAUAAUUUGUGAUAGAGGGGUCCGCGCCUGCGCGGCCCUGCUAAUCUUUAAUUAAAGUUUUUAUGUAUUUUAUAUCAAUUAUAAAAUCAGGCGCGGCCCCUGCUAAUCUUUAAUUAAAGUUUUUAUGUAUUUUAUAUCAAUUAUAAAUUUGUUUAUUGAAAAAUAAACAUUAAUCUAGUUAGUUUCGUUAUUGAGACUAGUAGUUUCAGACUAGUAGUUUCGUUUUAUUUUUUAAAGUAAAGUAUAAUAGAUAAUAGAAAGUAGCUGGGGUUUGAUGGUAUUUGUUCAUGUUUACAUAGCACCAAUGUAAAUAUUCAAACUAUGGAUCCGAAAUGAAAAAAAAAAUUAAAUUCUGUGGGUGGGAAAGUAAAGUUGACGGGCCGGAAUGAUAUUCCCGCCUGUAACGCCGCUUCGUGUCGGAAACUGUGAUAUAUAUCACAUAACGUAUCAACGCUUUUUCUCCUAAAAUGGUCGUUCUUCCUCCUUUAAAUCCGAUCUGCCUUCCCUGGUGCGAGCCUCAUCCACUUGCUGGUCUCCCAGGGCUCCUCUUCUUCUCCUUCCACUCGCAGUGUCUUCGCGAUCGGGGAUCCUUUUUUCGUGAUCUGUUUCGGAAUUGUGGCAUCGGUGGCAGGGGAUCAUUUCUCGGAUCAGACGAGCGUUGGUUGAUCUGCUUGGACGGAUCGAAUCUCCGCGUCGCGCCUGACUCUUUCUGUCUGGCGAUGGAACGGUAUCGUGCUAUUUUGUUUUGCAAUGGCCUUGGUUCUUCUGUGAUCUUGAUCUUGUCCAAUUGUUGGGAAUCCGUCUGUCCGAGCUCUUUGAAAUCUUAGAUUUUUCUAAGGGUGAUGGAGUAGAUGAAGAAUAUAACCUUCUUCUUUGUUCAUGAACUUUCUGUUUGUGUGUUGAUUUGAAAUACUUUUGAACAAAAAACGGAAUCUAUCGCUUACCGAGAAAUUGAUUUUGAUAGCACAUUCGAGCUACUUAGCAAAGUGAAAUUUGUCAUCACUUUAUUUGGACUGUGGUUGUGAGUGGGACGCAUGCACACAUAGGCUUUCUUGAAAAGGAGAUAUGCAGGAUUCUACUGAUCAACAUCAAGUUGUAGGUUCACCAAAAGGAACACUGAAGCAAUCUCUUCGCCGUUUGAGUGGCAAGAAGUCCCCGACAGUAAAAGGCCAGCUUUCAUCUCCAACCGUGUUUCCUGAAAAAAGAGGCAAGGCAAAAUCAUUGAAGAAGACUGAUGGCAGUAUUGCUAUUGAAGAGUCUGAGAAAGCAAAGCCACAUGAACACAGGAUCGAUAUCGGUGAUGAAAAAUCUGAUUUGUUAGGAUAUGUAAUUUUCAUCGGGAAGCUUACUUUGGAUAAGAAGGUUAAAAGUUCCAGUGUUGAUCAGCAGCAGGAGAUAGGAACUUCAAUCUCUAAUGUAUUGGAAGCAAAACUUACAAGCAAAGCCCUGAUAUGGGGUUCUAGUAUUCUUAGCAUCAAUGAAGUUGUUUCUGUAUCUUACCAUGCUGGUGUAAGAUAUUUCACUGUCCACGCAUAUCCUACUAAAAGGAGAUCAUGUGGGUUUUGUUGCUUUCUGAAACCACAAAGAGUUCAAAAGGAUUUUCGCUUCUUAGCUUCUAGCUCACAAGAAGCCUUGCAAUGGGUACAAGGUUUUGCAGAUCAGCAAUGUUCAAUUAAUAGUUUACCUCAUCCCAUGACUUCUAAAAAGCAGGAACCUGACAUUGUUUCUGACGAGCCUCUGUUUGAUCUACCAUACAUAAGAUGUAGAAGUCCACCAAGCAUUCUUGUAAUACUUAAUCCUCGUUCUGGGCAUGGCCGAUCAAGUAAAGUUUUUCAUUCAAAAGUUGAACCAAUUUUUAAGCUUGCAGGCUUCAAGAUGGAAGUAGUUAGGACGACAUAUGCUGGUCAUGCAAGAAACCUUGCUUCCACAGUCGACUUCAGCACAUGUCCUGAUGGAAUUGUUUGCAUUGGUGGUGAUGGAAUUGUCAAUGAGGUUCUCAAUGGGCUUCUAACUAGAGAAAAUCAACAGGAAGCAAUUUCCAUGCCAAUAGGUGUGAUUCCUGCUGGUUCUGACAAUUCACUUAUUUGGACUGUUUUGGGAGUGAGAGAUCCCAUCUCAGCUGCAAUGGCUAUUGUCAAGGGGGGACUCACUGCCACUGAUGUUCUUACUGUUAAAUGGAUCCAGAAUGACAUCACUCAUUUUGGAACUACUGUUUCAUACUUUGGCUUCCUGAGUGAUGUCCUGGAACUCUCUGAGAAGUACCAGAAACGCUGUGGUCCCUUGCGCUAUUUUGUGGCUGGGUUUCUUAAAUUUCUCUGCUUACCAAAGUACAGUUUUGAUGUGGAAUAUCUCCCAAAUACUAAGGUGGCAAAUCCGGAAGCAAAAAAUUCAGUAGAACAACAUAAAAUUGACAUGUCAGACCUCUAUCUGGAUAUAAUGCAGAGAUCAAGAAAAGAAGGCCUUACGAGAGCUUCUAGUUUAUCUAGUAUUGAUUCGAUUAGGACUCCUGGAGGUGACCUGGAAACUACUGGUAGCACAACUGCAAGCAGUGAGCCAUCCGAGUUUGUACGGGCACUUGAUUCGAAGUCAAAGCGUUUAUCCUUGGGGAGAAAUUUAAUGACUGAACCAGAUGAAGUCCUUCAUCCCCAGCCUCACCUAUCUUCAAAUCCAAGCGGCCCAAGGACCAGAUCAAAAUCAAGAACAGAUAGAACAUGGGCAGGUCUAACUGUCACAACUGAUGCCAAAAGUUCUUGGGCACCUACCUCUUUGUAUGACAAAGAAGACAUUUCCUCAACUGUUUCUGAUCCAGGACCAAUCUGGGACUCUGAACCAAAGUGGGACACUCAGCCAAAGUGGGAUGCUGAGCCGAACUGGGAAACUGAGAAACACAUUGAGCUGCCUGGGCCACCACUUGACGACAUUGAAUUAGGGAUGAAGGAGGAGCUAGUUCCAAGCUUAGAGGAGAAAUGGAUUGUUAAAAAGGGUCGAUUUCUUGCUGUCCUGGUAUGCAAUCAUUCUUGCAAGACUGUUCAGAGCCUAAGUUCACAGGUGAUUGCUCCGAAAGCAGAGCAUGAUGACAACUGUUUGGAUUUGCUAUUAAUCAAUGGAAGUGGAAGGCUGAGGUUGUUGAAAUUCUUUAUGUAUCUUCAGUUUGGCCGGCAUCUUUCUCUCCCAUAUGUUGACUAUGUUAAGGUUAAGUCCGUGAAGAUUAAGCCUGCUGCAAACACAAACAACGGGUGCGGUAUCGACGGGGAACUACUUCAUGUAGAUGGGCAAGCUUUGUGUUCCUUGCUGCCAGAGCAGUGCAGACUAAUUGGUCGUCGUGCCCUGGAACAUGCCUAAAUGUGAUUGUCUUCAUGUUUGCGCAAGGUUGCCCCAGUCUCAUCAAUUUCUAUGCUAACGGAAAGAUCGAGCACUUUUUACGCCCAUCAAACCACCAACCGUCCUUGGCUACAGCACUCCUGUAUAUUUAAGUAUUUUUUUGCAUCACGGUGAAUGAAUCCGACGUCUUGUUUACUUCCUGUUUUGCUCCUAUCACUAUCAUCUAACGUCCAUGACUGCUUCAUUCUUCAAUCCCUUCAGAUAUAGGAUUUUGUCUCCCUCAAGUAGUCUACCAGAUUGAAUAUUGAGCAUUGAGUUCUUUUUUUUUUAAUGUAGUUUUUGUUCUUGCUGAUGUUGUAUGUACACUUCUGUAUUCCAAAUCUUGUACCCAAACAGCAUAUUGGAGUUGUUAUACUAUAUAUUGUGAAAUUGUCAUA